AUGUUAUCGUCUCUUGUAAAAGAGCAUCAAGCUAAGCAAGCUGCUAAAAGAGUUACACAAGAACAAAAGCGUAAGGAAUGUAUUGCAGCAGCUAAUGAACUUACCCAAGCACUUGUAGAUCAUCUUAAUGUUGGUGUUGCACAGGCAUAUUUAAAUCAAAAGAAAUUGGAUGCAGAAGCUAAGCUGUUGCACCAAGGUGCAAUAAAUUUUGCUAAACAAACACAACAGUGGCUUGCAUUAGUGGAAAAUUUCAGUAGUGCUCUUAAAGAAAUAGGUGAUGUAGAGAACUGGGCACGCAGUAUUGAAAAUGAUAUGAAAAUCAUAACAGACACAUUGGAAAGAGCUUAUGAAACUACACAGGGACAACCAACCAGCAAUAAAUAG